CAGCACGCCGGGUACCCAAAGCUAACGUCGUACUGCGGUUCAAAGUUAGCUAAUCGUUAGCUGUUAGCAAAGCACGGCGGCUGUCACUCAGCUUGACACCGUGACCCAGCUCUCUGCUCCUCAGCUCAGGUUUGUUCAUGAUGGCGUCCUUCGCUCCGUACCCGAGGGAGAUGUCCCAGGGGCCGGGCCAAGACCCCGUCUUCAUGGAGGCCAUCAGCAACAACAUGCGCAUCCCGGAGCGGCUGAGCGUUGGGCCUGGCCGGCAGUGGGCGGGCCAGGAGGAGGAGGACGAGCUUCCACCUGCCUACAGCAUGCACGUCCCUGACAGGCUGACAUACACAGAAGCUCCGGAUAUGAACCCCAGACCUCUGUUCACCCCCUCCAGACCGUCCGGCCAUGCCCCGCUGGUGCUGGAUCCAAACUUGGACGACGUCUUCUACAGAGAACCUCUACAUGUAGCAGGGUGUACCAUUCGGAGAUCCUACAGUGACCAAAGUUUUGGCAGGAGUCCGCCUGGCACCCCGACCCACCCGAAACAGGUGCUGGCACUGCACAGCCAUCCGUCCAGCUCUCGAGGUUCAGGCCGUCCUCCCCGCCAGCGCUCCUUCGUUGCUCCUUCUCCUGUCGGCACUGCUGACCCCCGACCCCGGGCUGAGGCGGUGGCUCUGCCGCUGGGUCUGCCUGCCCUCCCUCCAGGCCUCCUGUCCCCUCAGUCCCUGCUGGAAGCUGCCAAGCAGCUGGGCCUGCAGGCGUCUCAGCGCCUCCUGCAGACCGUCAGCCACAAGUACAGUCUGAACAACAAUGAGAAGCCGCAAGCAGUGACUCCUGUAGCCGAGGCCCCUGACCCUGCACCCGUGGAACAAAGCAGGAAAAGUAUGAUGGAGACCUGGAGUGUAGAAGAAGAAGGAGGGGCUGUCGUGGAGCUCAUGGUCCUCCGGAGACAGGUGUUGAAGAUGAGUCGGCGGCUGGCGGGGUUGGAGAGACAAAACGCCGAGCGGAAGAACACGGAGGUCGUCCUUUUCUCGCUGCUGCUCUCCGCCUGCCUGCUGAAUGCCUGGCUGUGGAUCCGCAGAUAAAACACACACACACACACACACAUUUUUGUAUUACUAUGCAUGUGAGGACCUUCCUUAACCUACAUUUAUCCCCCAAACACCCUAACCUUGAAGGAAAAAUUGACACUAAAACACUUGAACUGGCAUCAUGGUUAAAUAGACCACAAUGCAAAGCAGCUCCCAGACAGGCUUGUUUUUCUCAACUGGAAAAAACUUGCUCUCUUGCCUUUUAUUAUAGUUAUUGCUGGAUGCAUCAAGUCCAGGCAAGUUUUUUUUUUUCUUAGUUUUCCAAAGGCAUUAUGGGAAAUGUAGGACAUCACUAACCAAAGCAGAAACAGACGAGACAGUUUGAAGGAAAGCAGGUGCAUCAAAAACCUGCCUAGCAUUCCUAAAGCUAACCCUCUAACCCAAAUCUCCUGAGCUAAUUCCUUUGUAAACAAGUGAACACUGGGCAAAAACGUCCACCUAAAACUGGUUCUCACAAACAUGGUGAAACAAAUGCGCGCACACACAAACUGGGACUGUCACACUGCUGUGCUUAUACACUAUAUACUGAAAAUGACGAUACCAAGGCGUAUGCUAAUAGCCAGCCAAAAGAGGUGGAAAGUUACUGGAUACAAACAGCACACACGUUGUUGACAGGAUGCAUCUUUAUCCUUACAUUUGAUGCUACCAACGCAAAAUCUGCAUUAUAAUACACCGUUUGCUAUUGCAGGUACCUGAAGAGUUUGGUACCAAGAUACUGAAACAUUAUGUCAAUUUACACACACACACACACACACACACACCCCCUUACUUUUUCAAUAAUAAAUAUCACUCCAGCUACACAAACCUCAGUUUUAAAGGGCAAUAGGUUGUGUUUACAUACAAUGUGAGGACUGUAAAAACAGAGCUAGCCAUGACUUUGAAUUGUAUUGUAUUGCAAUGGUAAUUUUUGUCUUAAUUGGUGGUAUAAAUUGGAGCAAAAUGCUGCUUGUUUUUGACUUGACUUUGGUCACCAGUCACUGCCAGUCAGAAAUACACUCCGAAAAUGUCGACAGUGUGGUACAUCACUCCAGGUGGGUGUUUUUUCUGCUCACCAAUGAAAGAUGCAAAGUUUUCAUCAAAGUAUGUGAGGCCGUGUCCUUUGAAACUCAUUUAAGACCUGGCGUGUAGUGUUCUAAAAAAUGCAUAGGUGUCAAUGAGAAAAAGCAGAAUAUUUAUUUUUUGGAAUGUAUAUAUGCUUGAAAAAUCCUGUUAAAAUGAAUGAAUGAGCUUUUGAAUAGGAAUGAAAACAGCUCCACUGAAAAUCAGUUAAACUGAGUUUACUGAGCAAAUAAACUACUAUGUGUGCUAGUGACAAACAUAAUACUUGGAGAUAAUAGUUGGAGAUGCGUGUUUUUUGUCACGCUGCAGUGUAAUGGUAUAUAUUAGAUAUAUUAGAAUGGUUACAAUAUGAAGCGCUUGCGUGUGUGUGUGUUUUGGCCAAAUACUGUGGGAGAUUUUCUUUGAAAACCUGUGAGCUUCAGCUUGUUGCUGUGACACGUUUUUCCUCUGAAUUUAAAGAUUACUAAUAAUGGCUGUCAGCGACUGAGCAUUUACUCUGUAGCAUGGCUUCGUUCUGUUUUAUAUCUCUUGAAGUUGUGCCACUUUUGAUGUAUGUUUAUUUAAUAAAAGUAGAUUUUAUAUUUAAAAAUG